AUGACAUCUGUCAUGGCGCCGGAUCAAGAUUAUGAUCAAGAUAACAGUCAUGUGGAUGAUACCCAGAAGUAUUUUUUCAAGUGCAUGGUUGGCGAUUUCCCAGAAAAAAUGGCCAUACCACAGAAGUUUGUGGAGAACUUCAAAGGUCAUAUCUCUGAAGUUAUCAAGCUAGAAGCUCCUGAUGGAAACAUUUACAAUAUUCAGGCUGUCAGGGGUCUGAACAAGAUAGUCCUCGGAUCUGGAUGGGGGGUAUUUGUCAGCUUUUACAAACUAAAAGUGGGCUACUUCCUGGUGUUCAGGUACAUCGGGGAUUCUCACUUCAAAGUUCUGAUAUUUGAUUUUGGAACUUGCUGUGAGAAGGAAGUGUUCCACGUUCUCAUGAACUGCGACCCUAAUGCCCAAGAAAAAGAAAGCAACAGUGAGUCCCAUCGAAGGUGCGAGCUCUGUGAUGUGCAUUUCUAUUGGCAUCACCUGGAUGAUAGGCAGAAGCAUUUCCUGAGGCUCAUGGUUGGCGAUUUCCGUCGAGAAAUGAGCAUACCACAGAAAUUUGUGAACAAUUUCAGAGGCCGGAUCUCUGAAGUUAUGAAGCUAGAAGCUCCAGAUGGAUACAUAUACAACUUUAAGGUUACCAAGGAUCUGAACAAGAUAGUCCUUAGAUAUGGAUGGGCAGCAUUUGCCAGUGAUUAUGAACUAAAAGAGCAUGACUUGCUGGUGUUCAGAUACAUUGGGGACUCUCACUUUAAAGUCCUAAUAUUUGACCCAAGUGGUUGUGAGAAACAAUCAUUCCACAUUGUCUUGAACCAUGCUCCUAAUGUACCAAAAACAGGCAUAUCUCAUGAUCGGUCAUUCAUCAGGGAAACAAGGCGCCGAGACUGCGGAUCACACGAUAACAACAGUAGGAAAACUAAAAAGAUGACUCCGGUGGACUCUCCUUCACCGAGAUUUGAAGGUGUCACAUCUCCAGAAGUCACCAUGAAUUCAUGUGGCCUUCGGGAAAUCGCCGAGCCUCACUAUGUCCUAGCAACGGGGUGCAAUCUGACUACAGCACAGAAGGCAGAAGUCGACGCGCUUGUGAAGAAAGUUAGGCCUGUAAUUCCAUUUUACAUCACAGCCAUGAACAAGACAAGUAUGUCUGGAUCUCUGGCCAUCUGCAAGGAUUACGCUGCCAAAUACCUUCCACAUGAAGACCAAUUCAUCACACUCUGCCAUCCUCAUAAGAGCAACAUAUGGGUAGAUAAUUUGAAGGUUAUCACUGAUGGUUCAUGCAUGCUUUCUGUUGGCUGGUCGUGCUUCGUUCUCCACAACGAGUUGCGGGAAAGUGACAUCUGCCUAUUUGAAGUAUCGAAAAGUGACGGUGAAGUGACAAUGGUUGUUCAUUCUCUUGAAGGAGGUCAUCACCUACAAGGGAAAAAGCCCGAAUCUCAAAACAAGUGCACUUAUCCAGUUAAGGUCGAGGUGACCGAGGAAGAGGACAGUGACAAAGAACAUGCUGAGUCCAACUACUACUACUCAAGGUAUGCCUAUGACCUGACCGGCGAGGAGCAAGAGGAGAUAUUCAGGUCAGCGUUGAUUCAACAGGGCAAUCCGGUAUACGUCGCCGUCCUGCAGGAGAAUCAUGUUAGCAGCAGGAAUAACUUGCUGACCUUUCCCAGAGACUUUGCGGCUAAGCAUCUCGCGGAGAGGUCGCACGACAUCCUGCUCCUGAGACCUAACAGGAGAGAGAAGUGGUGCGUGAGGUACUACUACCAUUCGAUGAUGAGGAUACAGGGUUUCAGCUACAGCUCCUGGACCAAGUUUGUCUCUGACAACGGGCUGCACGAGGGCCAUGUCUGUGUCUUCGAGCUGAUGAAAGGCGUGUGUGAGGCCACGAUGAUGGUCCACGUUUUCAGGAAGUUCAAUGGCAGGCUUGUUCUGCUGGACUAA